UUAAAGAAAUUACAUGAAUUUGCCAUUUAGGAUUGCUAGUAAAUGACACCAGCCAACUUAUUCACAAGCACUUAGUCUGUUACAGCAUACUGAUUUUGUGUCUUUAAAUGUAGAAAUUUGUUUUUGUUCCAGUGUUGACGUUUCCAGUGUGUGAGGCUUUAAAAUACAACAUUUGGUUGGUUUACUACUGGUUGUCUAAAAUACGGCUGGUGUAUAUUUCUUUGCUUGUUUUUUUUAUGUCUGCAACCACAAGGGGCUUUCCAUACACACAUACAGAACAAGCACAUUCAAACUCUUCCUCUCGCUUGCACACAAACACUCACACACAAGCACACACACACACACACACACACACACACACACUUACAGCUGUCAGGAACUCAUUUAGCAGCAGUUAUUUCAGUUGAGCAGCCUUCCUUCCCAUUUUUGAAAUACUGAACACUCUGUGACCUAAUCGGGGUCUGCGUUUUAAAACCACUUCUUCAGCACGGCCUCUAUAGCUAAGAGCAUUUCCUCAGGUCGCCCUCCAGGAAAUUAUAAAUUUAAAUUUGAAGUCUUAAGCCGGCAACAAAAAAAGUCACAGUGUCUGACGCUGAACCUGAGAGGAGCGUCUGCAGGUCACAGGCCGUCCCCGACGGUGGACUGCUCUAAUUAACUGUCCUGUUGCAGUGUGCUAAACAGGAGCUGUCAGCCUUGCAGUAGGCCAGGGCUUUGGGCAGGCCUCCAUAUGCAUUCUCGACAUGUCAAAUCAGGUCCCUGUGUAUUUUUUAUUUUUUUUGUGAAAGGAGUUGCUACAGCACGUAGUUGUUUGGUCUCUCUGGAUUAUGACUUGCGCUGUGGCAUUUUCUCCCACCGGUGUCUGCAUCUGCAGGUAUGACACGCUCAGGACAGGAAGCCAAUAAUCCGCGCUAUGGUCAGAUCAGGCUCUGUCUGUCAGCCUAACUUCAGUCGCGGUUACCUUCCGAAACCCGCCGCGGGCGGGGCCAAAGAGCACAGACGGGAAACAGGAAGCCUGGAGCUGCAGAGUAGAAGACGUCAGAUCGGCAACGCGGGAACAGGUUCUUCCUGUGACGGUUGAAAGUGCCUGCAUGGAGAACACCCUGACGGAUUACGCUGUGGCAAACAUGGACGUCACGCUGACCACAGAGGACUAAACAAACAUGGCCGCCCCUCUCUGACCGCAGAGGAAGUCAGAGACUCUGCGCCUCAGCUCGCUUCCUCAGCGCAGACUCCCGGCUCGCAGCCUGGCGAUGGAGGCGGGGCCGGAUGGGCUUCCGGCUGAUUGCGCCUCUUCGGCGCAGCGCGGCGUUUCGGUGCGUGACACAUUUUCCGCGGAGGACUUGUGGAACUCUCUGGACAUGCAGAUGCUGCAAGACGAGCUGGACUCCAUGCUGCGGGACCAGGGGGAGGGGGACAGCGAGAGAGUCCGCCCCUCGGGACAGGAGACGGGGGUUUCCGGGGACUGCGACCCCGCCCGGACUGACCCCCCCGCCUCGCCCUCCCAGACAGGCGAUCGAGGGGGGCUCCUUCACACCCCCAACACUGACAUCAGCUCCGCCGACGAGCUGGACUCGGCCGGCUGGACCAAUCAGGAGUUCAGCUGGAUGGACAACCCCCUGACACAUCAGCAGCUCUGUGAGGAACCCUUGGGACAGGAGGGGGAUGGGGAAAUACUGGCCCCAAACAGCGUCCCUGGAAUACUGGCCCCAAACAGCGCCCCGGAGCAGGGCCAGGAGAACACACCUCAUCAGUUUCACGAAUGCGAUUGGCCAGACAAGGAGGGGUUUGCGACACUGAUGCAGGAAGUGGGGGGACCAACAUUGGAACCGAAAGAGUGCACAGAUACAGAGAGGCAGGUGGGUGAAUCCCAUGAGGCCACAGAAGGGGACAGGCUGGAGGGGACUGAGUGUUCGGCUGGGGAAGUGUCGACCGCAGGGAACACCGUGACCCCAUCAUCAACGGCAACCACAGGGCCUCAACCAGUGUGCGUGGAGAUCCUGGUGGAGGAUAGCACAGAUGGCGCCGUCUCCUCACACUGUUUGUGUCAGACUGCGGAGGAGACGCAGCCCCCAGGAGCCGGGGGAACUGCGAGGCCCCCCGGUGGCUCGGAGGCUGCGACCGGGGUGGACCGUUACAGUCCUGACCCCGUGACGGAAGAGGAACAGGGACCGUGCACCUCCUUAAACGCUCCCACGGGGAUCAGCCUCCUGCAGGAGUACCGCUCCGAGGCUGCGGAGGGAGGAGAGGGGAACGGGGGUGAAGAGGCCAGCCUAGGACAGGAGGAGCUGGCCUGCCCGUGUCCGGGUGGUCCCGACACCCAGGAAGGCUUGAAGAGGACACAGCCCUCAGAGCGUGAAAUGGCUGAGCUGAAGAGGCUUCUGGAAGAGCUGGAGGAGUUCAGCAGCCUGUCCGACCAGUGGGCUCAACAGAGACGCCUAGAGCAGCUGGAGCAGCUGGAGCAGCCAGAGCAGCCGGGGCAGUCUAAAUACAUACAGCAGCCAGAGCAGACAGUGCAUUUGGAACAGCCAGAGCAGACAGUGCAUUUGGAACAGCCAGAGCAGACGGAGCAUUUGGAACAGCCAGAGCAGACGGAGCAUUUGGAACAGCCAGAGCAGACUGUGCAUUUGGAACUGCCAGAACAGACAGUGCAUUUUGAACAGCCAGAGCAGACAGUGCAUUUGGAACAGCCAGAGCAGACAGUGCAUUUGGAACAGCCAGAGCAGACGGAGCAUUUGGAACAGCCAGAGCAGACGGAGCAUUUGGAACAGCCAGAGCAGACUGUGUAUUUGGAACUGCCAGAACAGACAGUGCAUUUUGAACAGCCAGAGCAGACAGUGCAUUUGGAACAGCCAGAGCAGACGGAGCAUUUGGAACAGCCAGAGCAGACGGAGCAUUUGGAACAGCCAGAGCAGACUGUGCAUUUGGAACUGCCAGAACAGACAGUGCAUUUGGAACAGCCAGAGCAGACAGUGCAUUUGGAACAGCCAGAGCAGACAGGGAAUUUGGAACAGCCAGAGCAGACAGUGCUUUUGGAACAGCCAGAGCAGACAGUGCAUUUGGAACAGCCAGAGCAUACGGGGCAUUUGGAACAGCCAGAGCAGACGGGGCAUUUGGAACAGCCAGAGCAGACGGUGCAUUUGGAACAGCCAGAGCAGACGGUGCAUUUGGAACAGCCAGAGCAGACGGUGCAUUUGGAACAGCCAGAGCAGACGGUGCAUUUGGAACAGCCAGAGCAGACAGUGCAUUUGGAACAGCCAGAGCACACUGUGCAUUUGGAACAGCCAGAGCAGACGGUGCAUUUGGAACAGCCAGAGCAGACGGUGCAUUUGGAACAGCCAGAGCAGACAGUGCAUUUGGAACAGCCAGAGCAGACGGGGCAUUUGGAACAGCCAGAGCAGAUGGUGCAUUUGGAACAGCCAGAGCAGACAGUGCAUUUGGAACAGCCAGAGCACACAGUGCAUUUGGAACAGCCAGAGCACACAGUGCAUUUGGAACAGCCAGAGCAGACAGUGCAUUUGGAACAGCCAGAGCACACAGUGCAUUUGGAACAGCCAGAGCACACAGUGCAUUUGGAACAGCCAGAGCACACAGUGCAUUUGGAACAGCCAGAGCAGACAGUGCAUUUGGAACAGUCAGAGCAGCCAGAGCAGAUGGUGCAUUUGGAACAGCCAGAGCAGACAGUGCAUUUGGAACAGCCAGAGCAGACAGUGCAUUUGGAACAGUCAGAGCAGUCAGAGCAGCCGGAGCAGAUGCACCCUGCAGACCCUGCGCAGCCCUGCUCCCUCCAGGGUACUGUGAACGGCGUGGGCGUGGACCGGGCAGCAGCGCGCAGGCUGGCCGAAAGACUCUACAAGCUGAAGGACUUCCGGCGCACACACGUGGUCCGGCACAUGGACAAAGAUAAUGAGUUCAGCAGAGUAGUGGGGGAGGAGUAUCUGAAGUUCUUCGACUUCACCGGUCAGACCCUCGACCAGGCCCUGAGGUCCUUCAUGAGCGUGGUGGUGCUGAUUGGAGAGACUCAGGAGAGGGAGCGGGUGCUUCAGCGGUUCUCCGAGCGUUUCCAUGACUGCAACCCCAACAGCUUCUCCUCCUCAGGGGCUGUUCUCACACUCACCUGUGCGGUGAUGCUCCUGAACACUGACCUGCAUGGACAGAAUGUAGGCAAACCCAUGUCCAUGUCCAGCUUUGUGUCCAACCUGGACGGUAUGAAUGAAGGAGGGAGCUUCCACAAGGAGAUGCUGAAGGGUCUGUACAGCUCCAUUAAGAGUGAGCGACUGCAGUGGGCUAUUGAUGAGGAGGAACUGAAGUCCUCUGCCUUGUUGCCGGGGGACGCAAAGGCAGACGCGCAGGCAUCCUCGAGGACCAACCCCUUCCAGGACAUUCCGCACGACGAGGCGGCCGCCGUGUUUAAGGAGGGCUUCCUGACGCGCAAGGCGCACGCGGACAUCGACGGGAAGAGGACUCCCUGGGGGAAGCGCAGCUGGAAGACAUUCUAUGCCGUGCUGAAAGGCAUGGUUCUGUACUUGAUGAAGGAUCAGAACAGUGGGGACUGGAGCAGUGCUGAGGAGGUGGUCAGUGUGCACCACUCCCUGGCCCUGCCGGACCUCAACUACACCAAGCGGCCCCACGUCUUCCGCCUACAGACCGCCGACUGGAGAGUGUACCUUCUGCAGGCCUCCUCGACGGAGGAGGUGAGCUCCUGGAUGUGCAGGAUAAACCUGGCCUCAGCACUGUACUCCUCCCCUCCAUUCCCUGCUGCUGUGGGCUCCCAGAGGAGGUUCAGCCGCCCCAUCCUGCCUGCCAAAUCCUCCCCCCUCACCCUGGAGCGGAAGAUGCAGUCCCACUCGCGCAUGCUGGAGUCCUUCUGCGACGACCUGCGCUUCCUGCAGGAGGACCUGCCCAGCGGCCGCAAGCUCAAAAGCCGCCAACUGGAGGAGCACCGCCUGAGAGAGGAGUACCUGCAGCACGAGAAGAAACGGUACGAGGUGUACGUGCGGAUGCUGGAGGUGUGGCAGGCCCUGGGCGGAGAAGUGGGCGGGCCGGUGGGCGGGGACGAGCUGCAGCUCUUCGACAGAGAGGUGCGCUCCGAAGCAGAGGAGGAGUGUCAGGGGGCGGGGCUAAAAAAGUCCUACUCCAGCCCCUCCCUGGACCAGGCCAUGGCUCCGCCCAACGAGGUAAAGAUCAAACGCAACAUCUCGGAAAGGCGCACCUGCCGCAAGGUCACCAUUCAGAGACGCAGCAGAGACAUCUGAACCAGGAAGACAACCUGCCACAUCACACACACUUCCUGUGCUGCCAUGACGUCACAUCCUGUGCACGCCUCCCCUCACUUCCUGGACAUCUGAACAUGGAAUCUCUUUUGCUCGACAACCCGCCACAUCACAUGUACUUCCUGUGGUGCCAUGAUGUCACAUCCUGUACACUCAAAUACCUUUUUUGUUUUACAAAGAACUUUUUUUAAUUUUAUUUUAUUUAUUGUUUUGUUCUUUGCACGUCUCUGGAGUUAAAUAUGAAAUCCACAUUCUUAUAAAUUAGUGAAGGUUUUUUCUCUGGAACAAAAAACGUGCUUAAGAGAAUAUGAAGAAUAAACCCUGUAGCACAAAGUUGUUUACGAUCCCAGGAGGUUGGAAAAGGAACACAAACUUCAUGGACACCUAGUGCUGGAAAAGCUUGUUUUUGUCAGCCUACACUCAGAGUCCCUAAAAUGUCUGCACUGCAUUCGUACGCAUGUCUGUUGCGCUUCUGUUUAAGGCAGAACUGCAGAAUCAUUCUCUCUGACUUCAUCUCUUAGCCUCAUACAUGGUCUUUCGUUUGUGAAACGCAAAGAGUCAAAACAGAUUUUCAUAAAGUGCUUCUGAAUUACAAAGGUACGGUUAAUGGACCUUUUUAGAAUCCUGCGUUCACGCUUGCUGUGAUAAAAACCAAAAUAAUUACAGUUACAGUUACAAUUAUGUUUCUUUUUUGUGUGGUGGUUUAAUACCUCCCGUCUCUGCUGUGUCUUGCGUUCUUUCUGGUGACUUUGUGCGUUCGUAGAAUCAUACCGAAGCAGUGUAAGUGUAUGUGUAUGUGUAAGUAAGAGUGCAACUGAACUGUAAGUGUUGAUUCUGCGAUAUCCAGAAGGGGACGCUGUGUGACAGCAUAUUGAAGAACGCACAGUGAGGCACAGUGGCGCAAGUAUUUCUUCCGUUGUUUUUGUUCUUUGUAAAUUUGUUUAAAUACUUGUUUAAAUUUGUUCAUACAUUUAUUGUGUUAAUACUUUGGUUUUCAAUAUAAAAGUCCUGGUUUGUAUUUAUAACAAUGUAUAUCAACGGAAUUUGACGGGUAAAAAAAAUCGGGAUUUGUUGUGAAUUGUUCCUUCGGUACUAGCUAAAUGAUUUGAUAUUUACCACCAAUGAAGGUUCUGGCCUUCACGAUAAAAGGUUUAAUAUAAAUUUUCCCAAUUCCGCUGCAUUCAACUGAGUGAGCUCGAGUGAACGCAAGCUGUUCGAAUGGCCCGGCACUUGAACAAUUCCCCUCAGGUGAUGUCAAGUCUUCCAAAACUGCAAUUAAAUUUUCAGGGCUCAUGAAA